AUGAGCGCCCUCCGCAUUGCCCGCUCCGCCCUCCGCGCGCGCCCUGCCGCCAUCGCCCGCCCCAUCCAGCGCCGUGGAUACGCUGAGGUCGCCUCGGACAAGAUCAAGCUCUCCCUAGCUCUGCCUCACCAGACCAUCUUCAAGUCCCAGGAUGUCGUCCAGGUCAACCUCGCCGCCGAGACCGGUGACAUGGGUAUUUUGGCCAACCACGUUGCAUCUAUCGAGCAGCUGAAGCCCGGUCUGGUCGAGAUCAUCGAGGAGUCCGGCGGCAACAAGCAGUUCUUCCUGUCUGGUGGAUUCGCCGUUGUCCAGCCUGACUCCAAGCUCAGCAUCAACGCCGUCGAGGGAUACCCGCUUGAGGACUUCAGCGCCGACGCCGUCAGGAACCAGAUCGCCGAGGCCCAGAAGAUUGCCAGCGGCAGCGGCAGCGAGCAGGACAUUGCUGAGGCCAAGAUUGAGCUCGAGGUACUUGAGAGCCUCCAGGCCAGUUUGAAGUAG